AUGCUGGCCACAAACAUUCAGAGCGCCAUCCGGCGAAGCCUGAACCCGAUACGAACAGCAAAGCCCCCGCGGCGCUUCCAAUCGACGGGCCCAGGUCCAAAUGCGACAAAGCCCCCGAAACCAGAUGAUGCUGCUGCUGCGAUUGCGCCCGGCGCACCCUCGACUCCCUCGAAUGCGCCGACGACCAACCUAGCGAUAUGGCAAAGACUCGGGCCUCUUACGAAAGCGGCAAAUGCCUUUACCAGAGCAAACCAGAAGCGGCCGUGGGUCACGCAGGUCUGCUCGUCGCUCUUCAUCUACCUCAUUGCAGACCUCAACGCCCAGAGAAUCGGCGGAAAAGAGUACGACCCCAUUCGGACGCGCAACAUGCUCAUCACGGGCGCCUGCUUCUCGAUCCCCGGGUAUGAGUGGUUCAAGGCUCUGGGCGGAUGGUUCACCUUUUCGUCCAAGGCGCUGUCGGUCGCGACCCGGGUGCUGUUUAACCAGUUCACCUUUGCGCCCCUGAUCAACAUUUACUUCUUCUCCAUGCAGGCGCUGCUGACGGGCGCCGACCCCGUACAGCGCGUCAUGGAAAAGGGCCCCGAGACGUGGAAGAACAGCUGGAUCGUCUGGCCCUCGGUUAUUGCCUUUAACCUGGCCUUUGUGCCCUUUCAGUUCCGCGGCCUCGUCGCCGGCUGCGUCAGUGUCUGCUGGCAGACGUACCUCAGUAUUCAGAACAAGAAGGCGGAAAUGCUCGAAGAGGCCAACAAGCAAAAAGCCGCCGAAAACGAAACUGUCGAGGUCAGAGCUCUGGCAGCAGUGGCGUAA